AUGCUCCUCUCCGACUCUUCUUUAUAAAAACAGACUCAAUCCUCAAUCUCUGAUCAAAAGAGAAAACCUGACACUCUCAAUUAGACUCCAGCGCGUGCAUCUAUACGGAAAUAAUCAUCAUUUUUUCAUAGAUUUUUUUAUUAUUUUCCUUUUUUGCGCGGUGCGUAAUUCAUUUAUAUGACUGAUAAAAUCAAACAUGCAUGUGCAUUUGAUGACAUUUUAAAACUCUGAACUGACAACCAAUAGGAUACUAUCAUAUUUUUUGUAUUAAUGUUAUUAGGUUGACUUUAGGGUUUGAUUCCUCGAAUGCGUAAUAAUAUCACAUAUAGAUAUAUUUGCAUGAUCUUCUCCGGCGGGUCAUUUUUUCUAGGAUAUGUCGCGGCGCAAACAAGCCAAACCAAGAGCUCUGAAAGAUGCAGACGCUGCUGCUGAGAUCAAGUGUAAACAUGAGGACGAGAUCUGUGUGAAGAGUCGCAUCAGUGCUGAAGAGGAGGAAGAGGAGGAGGAAGAGCAGCUGUUCGAGCCCGUCAAUGCACACAAGAGUCACCUCACAGAUGGAACGGAUAUAGAAGAUGACCCAUCCUGCUCCUGGCCUGCAUCCUCUCCAUCUAGUAAAGACCACACAUCUCCAGGCCACGUCGAUGACUAUGAAUAUGGCGAGGAUGAAGGUGGAGCCGGCCUUCCAUACCCAUGCCAGUUUUGUGCAAAAUCCUUCAGUCGCCUGAGCUUCCUCAAGUGCCACGAGCAGAGUCACCGAGAUAAACUUCCCUUCAGCUGCACAUACUGCAGUCGCCUGUUCAAGCAUAAGCGCAGCCGCGACAGACACAUAAAGCUCCACACCGGCGACAAAAAGUACCACUGUGGAGACUGCGAUUCAGCUUUCUCACGCAGCGAUCACCUAAAGAUCCAUAUGAAAACGCACUCCGCGAACAAGCCCCAUAAAUGCCCGGUGUGCCGCAGGGGGUUCUUGUCCACCAAUUCACUUCAUGGACACAUGCAGGUGCAUGAACGUGGGAAAGAUGCAGCGAAUACAAGAUCCCCUCAAGAAUGGAGGUUAAAAGAGACACGCAAAUGCAGCCGUUGUGAAGAAGGCUUUGAUAUGCCUGAGGAGUUGCAGAAACACAUUGCAGAAAGCCACCCAGAAUGCUCUUCUCCUGUACCAGGGAGUCUAGAACCUGGUCUGCAAUGCAUUUACUGUCACGAGCCAUUUAGCAAUGAAGGAAUGCUCCUAAGCCACAUUGAUCAGGUGCAUGGGAGGGAUAGGAAGAGCCACGUGUGUACUGUGUGCUCUGAGCACUUUACCACAGUAGAGAAGCUGUACGCUCAUAUGGAUAUUCACCAACUCCCUGAGUCCAGCAAUAGCCCUUCUGUGUUGCCCAUAGGUUAUACUUCUGUUUCAAGCACUACUCCAGACUCUAAUCUUUCUGUUGACAGUUCAACUAUGGCGGAGAGUGCUUCUAUAGUGCCCAAAACACGUGGGAGAAGAAAGAGGGCCGCCCAUAAUGACAUGUAUCGGCGAUCUACCAAACAGCCAAAAAUUGAAUACAGCUGCAUUUACUGCAGCAAGCAAGUUUUCUCGAGCCUUGCUGUCCUGCAGAUUCAUCUGAAGACAAAGCACCCAGACAAGCCAGAGCAGGCUCAUACCUGCCAGUUUUGUUUGGAGAUACUUCCGUCUCUUUGCAAUUUAAACGAACACCUUAAACAGAUCCACAAUGCAGAGGAUCCCUCGGGAGUACUUGCUAAUUUGUCUGAAGGCCUGCUGCAGUGCAAUUUCUGCCCAGAGUUGCUUGGAGAUCUCAAUGCUCUGCAAGAGCACAUUCGGUGCUCGCAUGGCUUUCCUAAUCCAGUAGCCAAAGAAAGCAAUGCAUUCUUUUGCCCCAAGUGCUUUAUGGGAUUCUUAACCGAGGCCACACUUGAAGAGCACGUCAGGCAGACUCAUUGUGACUCUGGAAGCUUGCAGUUUGACUCUCCGCUUGCAGUCACUCCGAAAGAUCCCGUUGUGGAGAUCUAUUCCUGCUCAUACUGUACCAACUCCCCCAUUUUUAACACUGUCCUGAAGCUUAACAAGCACAUUAAGGAGAACCACAAGAACAUCCCCCUCGCUCUGAAUUAUAUCAACAAUGGAAGAAGAUCUUUACGAGUCCUCAGCCCCUCAUCUCCAUUAUCCGUGGAACAGGGAUCUCUGUUCAAACACAACAGCACGUCUUUGUGUUCAAAUGAGUUCAUUUGCAACCAGUGUGGCGCUAAGUACACCAGCUUAGACCUUUUCCAGACACACCUAAAGACUCAUCUUGAUGGUGUGGUGCCACAGCUCACAUGUCCCCAGUGCAAAAAGGACUUUCCCAACCAGGAGUCUCUGCUGAAACAUGUGACUGUUCAUUUCACCAUAAUGUCCACGUACUACAUCUGUGAGAGUUGCGACAAACAGUUCACAUCCGUGGAUGACUUGCAGAAGCACCUUCUGGAUAUGCACACCUUUGUGUUUUUUCGCUGUACCCUCUGCCAGGAGGUGUUCGACUCUAAAGUGUCAACUCAACUCCAUCUUGCUGUGAAACACAGUAAUGAAAGGAAGGUGUACCGCUGUACUUCUUGCACCUGGGAUUUCAGACAUGAGGCUGACCUUCAAAUGCAUGUCAAACAUAGUCACCUUGAAAAUCAGGGCUGCUCACAUCGUUGCAUCUUUUGUGGGGAGUCAUUCGGCACAGAAGUAGAGCUGCAGUGUCAUAUCACUACUCACAGCAAGAAGUAUAAUUGUCACUUCUGCUGCAAAGCCUUCAAUGCAGUUUAUCUGCUAGAACGCCACCUUCGGGAUAAGCAUUGUGUGUUUGAGGGAAAAGCCCAGAACUGCAGCACCAAUGGAUCCACGUCAGGUAGUGGUGAUUCAGUAGCCAAAGAAGAGAGAGACUUCCAGGGAUUUCUGACCAACAGCCAUGGAGGAACUGGUGUGGGUGAAUCCCACAACAGUCGGGAUGGCAGUGAAGAAGACUUUGAUACCUCAGAGAUCAUGUAUAGCUGUGACAUCUGUGGUGCGUCCUACACCAUGGAGUCUCUCCUAACCAAUCACCAACUUCGUGACCAUAACAUUCGACCAGGAGAGAGUGCAAUUCACAAGAGAAAGGCAGACAUGAUCAAGGGAAACCACAAAUGCAAUGUCUGCUCCAGAACGUUCUUUUCGGAGGGAGGACUUCGGGAGCACAUGCAAACGCACUUAGGGCCUGUCAAACACUACAUGUGUCCUAUUUGUGGAGAGCGCUUUCCUUCAUUGCUUACACUAACAGAACACAAAGUAACUCACAGCAAAAGCCUGGACACUGGAAGCUGCCGGAUCUGCAAGUUACCUCUGCAGAGCGAGGAAGAUUUCCUUGAGCAUUGUCAGAUGCAUCCGGAUUUGCGCAAUUCUUUGACUGGUUUCCGUUGCGUGGUCUGCAUGCAGACUGUCACCUCAACCCUCGAACUCAAGAUCCACGGCACCUUUCACAUGCAGAAGACUGGAUCUGCAAAUCAGCCCACCGCAUGCACACAACAACUCCAGAGCAGUCAGAAAGUUGCCAAAUGUGCCGCAUGUCUCAAAGAGUUCCACUCUAAGCACGACUUGGUGAAACUUGACAUUAAUGGUUUGACGUACGGCCUGUGCACGCUGUGUGUCACUGCUGUUGGUAACAAGAACUCAUCUCUAAACGGAGGGAAGCAGUUGCAUCAAGGGGCUCAAACGUCAAUGGGUCUUGCAUCUGGAUGGCCCCAAGGGGACAACCUUAGCCCUGGUCCUAUGAAAAGAAAGACUGGUUCUUCUUCCUCAUCGUCGUCAUCAGCAUCACCCUCGGUUUCUAAGACCCGCUGCUCCAGCUGCAAUGUUAAAUUUGAGUCAGAGGCGGAGCUUCAAGCUCACCUGCAGACGGUGCACAGAGAUCAAACACCUGAGGGUGCUCAGUUAAGGACUCCUGAAGGCUCCCCCAUGUCCCGUGUUAGUCCCACACAAAGUGAUGAGAAGAAGACCUACCAGUGCAUCAAGUGUCAGAUGGUCUUCUACAGUAAAUGGGAAAUUCAGGUCCACGUGGCCAAUCAUAUGCUAGAGGAAGGUCUGGUUCAUGAAUGUAAACUCUGCAGUCAGACGUUCGACUCUCCGGCUAAGCUGCAGUGUCACCUGAUCGAGCACAGUUUCGAGGGGAUGGGAGGAACCUUCAAGUGUCCCGUCUGUUUCACAGUGUUCGUGCAGGCGUGUAAACUGCAGCAGCACAUCUUCAGUGCACACGGACAGGAGGACAAGAUCUACGACUGCUCACACUGUCCACUCAAGUUCUUCUUCCAGACCGAGCUUCAGAACCACAAUCUGAGUCUCCACAGCAGCUAACAGCAGAACUGAAGAGAUUCGACCCUCCCUCCACACAAAUAUAUGAACAGUUUUAUUUUUCGUGUUGUUCUCGGCUUUUUGUCAGUCAAACAAAACAAACAUAAAAAAAUGAAAGCAGAGUGUUUCAUGAAAAAAAAAAUCAUUGCAUUUACUACGUUUUUUAAGGUAAGUGCUUGCAAACAAUGUAUUAAUUUUUAUUUAAUCAUUUUCCUUCAGCUUUGUUCCUUAUUUAUCAGAGGUCACCACAGCGGAAUGAACCGCCAACUAUUCCAGCAUACGUUUUACGCAGCGGAUGUCCUUCCAGCCGCAACCCGGUACUGGGAAACACCCAUACACUCUCAUUCAAAUACACACUCAUACACUACUCCAAUUCCCCUAUAGCGCAUGUGUUUGGACUGUAGGGGAAACUGGAGCACCCAGAGGAAACCCACGCCAACACGGAGAGAGCAUGCAAACUCCACUCAGAAACGCCUACUGACCCAGCUGGGACUCAAAACAGCGACCUUCUUGCUGUGAGGCCCCAGUGCUGACCACUAAGCCACUGUGUCGCCCCAAACAAUUGAUAUGGUCUGAAUUUAAACAAAUAAAAUUUAGUAAUGUUCAACUUAAUUUGUUUGUUUAGAUUUAGCCCAGGGGCAGCGCGGUGGCGCAGUGGGUAGCACUGUCGCCUCACAGCAAGAAGGUCGCUGGUUCAAGCCUCGGCUGGGUCAGUUGGCAUUUCUGUAUGGAGUUUUGCAUGUUAGGGUGCUCCAGGCGAUUAAGCCGAAAAGAAAAUGAAUGAAUGAAUGGAUUCAGCCCAUAUCAAUUUUUUGCAACCACUUACCUUAAAAAACUUGAGUAAAUUCAAUGAAUAAUUUUUUCAGUGAAUGUUUAAUCAACCCACUUACUUGUAAAAUAAAAUACAUCAUGAAUUCAACUCAGUCUCAUUCUGAAAACAUAGCCCUGUAUACAUUUCAGGAGAGCGUGAAUUAUGUAGCCAGAGGAAUGUAUGGCUGCAUUUCGUCUUUAAAACGAACACUAUGGGUUGGUAUGACGCGGUUCCUUUUCACACUACCAGCUGACCGCUUACCUCCAUGUGGAUGGCUUUCCCACUGUUGUUUGCCCAGUGGCUUGCCGCGUACGUUGGUGGACUUGGGACGCAGAGAAGAGUUGACCUUGAUGAUGGGGCUCGAGUCUGGAGAAGAAUGGUUCCAGAGAGAAGGUAAAACAAAAACAAAAAUAAAACAAACAAGUAAAUAACAGGGUGAGAAUGUGAUAAAAUCUGAAAACGUGGUAAAAAUCAGGCGGCCACGAGGGCUUUUUCUUUUUCUGGAUUGCUUUUGAAAACACUAUCGAUUGGGUUUAGACCAGGAGGAGGGUGGGUCAGUCGAUCGGUUAGUCAGUCAGUCAACAGCGGCCUCUGGUGGAUUUACGUGAGAACAGCAGGUGCAAAUGCCACCCGCGAGAGAAAUCUGAGAUCUGAAAAAGCGUACACGGCGGCCUCUGGUGGAUUUACGUGAGAACAGCAGGCACGAAUGGCACCUGCGAGAGAAAUCUGAGAUCUGAAAAAGCAUAUACACAGCGGCCUCUGGUGGAUUCACGAAAACAAAACCUGCAAAAAAAAAAAAAAAACCUGGAAUGUAUUUCGUGCUCUCCAGAAAUGUAUACAGGGGUACGGAUUCAGAAUGAGCCUGGGUUGCAUGAAUUGCUUUUCAUAUUUCUUGUAAAGAGAAUUGUUUAAAAAACAGAACGAAAGAAAGAAUUCAUAAACCGUAUUCAGCUAAUAUGAGGAAUAACUUGGGCAUACAAACCAAGAUGAUGUCAGGAAAAACUGAGCCAUCAUCAUCAUCAUCAGCCCAGCCUGCCUAUACAUUUACUGGCACAAAUGUUUUUUCAAUUAUUUCCAAGUGCUGAUUUUCUAGCACAUUUCUAAUCAUAAUAGUUUUAAUAAUGCAUUUCUAAUUACUGAUUUAUUUUAUCUUUGCCAUGAUGCAGUACAUAAUAUUAGACUAGAUAUUCUUCAAGACACUAGUAUUCAGCUUAAAGUGACAUUUAAAGGCUUAACUAGGGUAAUUAGGGUAAAGUUAGGGUAAUUAGGCAAGUCAUUUGUUUUUUCUGUAGACAAUCAUGACUCAUUAGAAUAUCUAAACAAUACUAAAAUAAUAUGUUGAACUCAAGGUCAACUCAACAAUCAUUAUUAAUUCAGCACUGAGAGAGGGAAAAGAUGAUGAACGUGUCAUGAGAUAGCAUUCAAAAGAAACUCCAGAUGCGAUGCCGGCUCAGCAUCGAAAUACGGGAGACUCGCAGGAAAACUGGAUAGAUUUACAUAGUAAACACAGCAAAUAGUUGUAUAGUAUUAUAAUGUAUAGUAUAAUAAUAAUAAUAAUAAUAAUAAUUAAAUACUAAUAAAAAUAAGUAAAUAAAUGAAAUAAUAAAUAACAAUAAUAAAUCAGCUCUCUCCUCUCGUUACCAUUAGGUGAGUAAGAACAAAUAUAAGUGUGUGUGUGUAUAUCUGUGCAGUGUGUAUAUACCAUAUAUACAAUAUGGAUGUGUUUGCGUGUAUGUAUAUAUCACACACACACAACAGUAUGGCAUAUAUAUA